CAAAAGACACGUCUUUUGAGGGGAGGGGAUGUUUCCUCGAGUAGGAUGAACUAUGUUGGGAAGCAAGGGAAACUGGAGAUUUUAGAGCAACAGCGGGUCUGCGCGAGCCUGGGGGAGAAGGUCUCCACCCUAGAAGGAGAACCGCUGAGCUCACGGGAUGCUAGAUUGUCCGAAAAGCUUCUGCCACAUCUACCCCAGGGGAUGCCCGGAAUCUGGGCUACCUGAGGAGGGCAGACCUCGGGUCCUCCCAGGAGCCAUUCCUUCCUCGUACACGCCCUCCCACGAUCGCUACCAGCUCUGAGGCUACAAGGUGCCGCCGCCACCCAGGCGCUGCUCCCACGCGCGGGCCGCUGCCCUUGGCCUCGGGUCCCGCAGGCAGGGCCGGUCCCUAGCACCCGCGCCCCGCCCGCCGCCGGGCUCCAGAUGGCCGCUCCUUGCGCUCGGCUUGCGGGCCCCCAGACACCGCCCCGCAGCAGCCGGCAGUCGCUCCCUCCCAGCUGCUGCUGAAGAGCCCAGCCCAGCCCCGAGAGCCUAGGCUGGGAUCCGGGCGCGACCACGGUGACGGAGCGCGGGACCUGAGAAGUCUGCUGGCCGGGACUGAGCGCCCCGCAUUCCGCAGGAAUGGAAAGGCUACCAGAGAGAAACAGCCCCCAGCGUCAUUGUGUUGUGGCCCCUGCAGAAUGAGUAAACUCUCCGUCUGUCAACGACCUCAAGUCAUUAGCAUCAGCUGCUUCUCGAAAGGACAAGCCAGCGCCUCUAAGUGGCUUAGCGCACCAACGAGGCUCCCGAGAUAGCCUCACUCCUGUGACUCCAUCCGCUCGUCCAUCAGCGGUUGGAUAUGAAAAGCUCUUGAGAGACUGUCUCAACCCUACAAGACAGACAUCGACACCUCUUGACAUGGAGAUAACACUAAUGUAAUAGGCAGAAAAGAACACUGGGUUGCACCCUCUCGGUUCCAGGUGGCCUUAUUUGGGCGACUCGGUCCUGACCUUAUUUCUGUGAUGGAGGAUUCAGGCAUCCAGAGGGGCAUCUGGGAUGGAGAUGCCAAAGCUGUUCAACAAUGCCUGACAGAUAUUUUUACCAGUGUGUAUACAACCUGCGAUGUCCCAGAGAAUGCCAUAUUCGGUCCCUGUGUGCUGAGCCAUACGUCCUUGUAUGAUAGCAUCGCCUUCAUAGCCCUCAAGUCCACGGACAAGAGAACAGUACCUUAUAUCUUUCGGGUAGACACUUCGGCGGCAAAUGGUUCCUCAGAAGGUCUCAUGUGGCUGCGGCUGGUCCAAUCAGCCAGAGAUAAAGAAGAACAGAAUCUCGAAGCUUACAUUAAAAACGGACAGCUGUUCUACCGCUCUCUCCGCAGGAUUGCCAAAGACGAGGAGUUACUAGUUUGGUACGGGAAAGAACUGACUGAGUUACUCUUGCUCUAUUCCUCUAGAUCCCACAAAAUGAACGGGUCGUCCCCUUACACAUGCCUGGAAUGCAGCCAACGUUUCCAGUUUGAGUUCCCCUACGUGGCGCAUCUGCGAUUCCGCUGCCCCAAGAGACUUCAUAGCGCUGAUGUGAAUCCCCAAGACCAGCAAAGUGGCGGCGUGGGCGCCAAGGACCACGGCGGCGGCGGUGGCAAAGAGCAGCAGCAACAACAACAGCAACAGCAACAGCAACAGCAGCAGCAGCAACAGGAGGCGCCCUUGGUCCCGGGCCCCAAAUUCUGCAAAGCCGGCCCCAUACACCACUACCCGGCUCCGUCCCCGGAGGCUAGCAACCCACCGGCAGCCGCAGGUGCGGGCAGCGCCAAGCCGUCCACGGACUUCCACAACCUGGCUCGGGAACUCGAAAACUCCCGGGGAGGCAGCAGCUGUUCGGCGGCCCCGAGCGUCGGCGGGAGCCGUGCCGGCCACCAGGAGGCGGAGCUGAGUCCCGACGGCGUCGCCGCGGGCGGCUGCAAAGGGAAGAGGAGGUUCCCAGAGGAGACGGCCGCGGAGGGCGGCGGCGCGGGGCUGGCGGGGGGCCGUGCGCGCUUCUCGGAGCGGCCGCUGGCGACCUCCAAGGAGGAGCUGGUGUGCACGCCGCAGCAGUACCGCGCCGCGGGCAGCUACUUCGGCCUGGAGGAGAACGGCCGGCUCUUCGCGCCGCCCAGCCCGGAGACCGGAGAGGCAAAGCGCAGCGCCUUCGUGGAGGUGAAGAAGGCGGGCCGCGCGGCGGGCUUGCAGGAGGAGGCGGCGGCGGACGGUGCAGGAGGCACAGCGGAGGACCCCGACGCCGGAGGCGGUGGCUCGACCACGCCCGCGGCCGUGUCGCCGGGGGGCGCCGAGAAGCUGCUGGCCCCGCGGCCCGGAGGAGGUGCGCUGCCCGGCCGGCUGGAGGGCGGGAGCCCCGCGCGCGGGAGCGCCUUCACCUCUGUGUCGCAACUGGGCACCGGUGGCGGUGCCGGGACCGCGGGGACCGCGGGGGCCGCGGGGGGCGGUCAGGCGGCUGCCUCGGACGAGCGCAAGAGCGCCUUCUCGCAGCCGGCGCGCUCCUUCUCGCAGCUGUCCCCGCUGGUCCUGGGCCAGAAGCUGGGCGCACUGGAGCCGUGCCACCCGGGCGAGGGCGUGGGCCCCACCAGACUCUACCCGGCCGCCGCCGAUCCGCUGGCCGUGAAGCUGCAGGGGGCCGCGGACCUGAAUGGAGCCUGCGGGCCCCUGGCGAGCGCUGGCGGCGGCGGCCUGCCCAAGCAGAGCCCCUUCCUCUACGCCACCGCCUUCUGGCCCAAGAGCUCGGCCGCGGCGGCAGCGGCGGCGGCGGCGGCCGCGGGGCCCCUGCAGCUGCAGUUGCCCUCCGCGCUCACGCUGCUGCCGCCCUCCUUCACCUCGCUGUGUCUGCCCGCGCAGAACUGGUGCGCCAAGUGCAACGCCUCCUUCCGCAUGACCUCCGACCUGGUGUACCACAUGCGGUCUCAUCACAAAAAGGAGUAUGCCAUGGAGCCCCUGGUGAAGCGGCGGCGGGAGGAGAAGCUGAAGUGCCCCAUUUGCAACGAGUCCUUCAGGGAGCGUCACCACCUCUCCAGGCACAUGACCUCGCAUAACUGAUGCGGAAAGGACCCCGGCUUUCCACGCGUGUGCGCGCACCGUCAAGUCACCGGCAGGAACAGACACGCGAGGACAUCCACCACUUCCUAAUGACCCCAAACACUGCAACCAAACACGUGCACCACACAGGUCCCUCCCCUGGACAGUCCAAAUGUUUAACUUGGGGGACACACACACACACACACACACACACACACACACACUCGACAGGAUGGUGGAUUUUGGAUUGGGUGGGUUGUUUGAGGGGUUUUCUUUUGAAUGCACGGAUUUUCACUUUCCCAAAAACAAAGGUACAUUUAAAAAAAAUGUCAUAUAUUGCAACAUAUUGAUGCAUUUGUCAUACGUUUCUACUUAAAUUAUUAAGCACUUAUGGUUUAGAUGUAAUAAUUAUAUGUAAGGACAAAAUUUAUUUUAGAUAUAAAGUAAUGGAGGAAGGGAGAGAUGCUUUCUGCAUUUCCGGGUGACAGCUGUGUUCUUACAAAAAUAAACAAAAUGAAUAAAAAGGGGUUCACCAUUCAAUUGAAGUUUCCAGGGGGAAGUGCAUGUAUCACGAAAUGGUUAUGGACUUCAGUGAAGAACGUCAUCGAUUAUGUAAAUAUGUAUUUCCUUUUAAUACAAAGUGUAAUUUUGUGCCAGUGAAAUGGAGUCUGAAUGGUUAUGUGUUUCUUUUAUCCCCAAAAGAUUUAUUAAACUUUAUAGUUUAUCCAGGUAUGUUGGAUGC